CCUAUCUCUUUCGGCUGGGUCUUCCCACAUCACUUAUAAUCAAGACAGUUUCCCACAGACAUGCCCACAGGCCAACCUGAGGCAGGCUCAUUGAGACUGUCUUCAUAAGUGAUUCCCGACUGUGUCAAGUUAAUGAUUAAAGCUCACCAUCACAGUGGGAGCAUAGUCACUGAUGGGGACAUCACCAGCAAAGCAGUUUACCAAGCAUCGCUUUUAAACCAUGGCAUUUCAUUUUCUUGAUUUGAAUAAUAAGAAAGAACAAGAAAACGCCUGAUUCAUUAAUUUUUUUCCUGUAAGUUUUGGGAAUGUUGACUCAAUGGGGUUUCUGAUCGGGAUCCCUCUUUAAGUAAGGGUCUUCAUUCAUGGUUCAUAUAUUUGGUGGAUGUCAGCUCAAAUACAAACUCUCUAUUGGCUUGUUCCUGUAGUUAGAGAACUGACUACCUUACCUUAGACUCUUAAUUCAUUUAUAGCCACCAACCCUUUCCCUUUAUUUUUUGUGGGAAUAAAGCAGUUGAGCCCAUCAUUGUGUCCUGCCUCUCGGACAUAAGUUAUUUUUUAAACAAAUGUCUUCUGCAAAGCUUAGGUCAUGGAAAUCUGUCCCAGGGAUUUUUUAAAACCAGUUUACUGAUUCAAUCUGAGAAAGAAAAGCUUUUGUUAUCAGCUGAAGAUUUCCUGCCUGGGGAAGCAAAGAGGAGAGCAGUUCUUAAUCUCAGAUGUCCCUAUAUCCUGAUUGUCUUUCCAGGGGCUAAAGUGUGAGUGGUGGUAGGUACCAAGAAUGUCCUUGGCCAUUGAAAUUUAAGGUGGGCCAGUAUAGAGACAAAGAUAGCUUGUUUGACUCCCUGAAUCUUUGUAGUAUCAUAUCCAUAGAAACUGUAUUACAAAGGUGCAUGACUUGAAAACUAGAUUCUCCAUAUAACUGCAGAUAAGAACCCCUCCUUUUAGUUAUUUUUACUUGAUAUGAAAGAUGCUUUCAUUUUCAUGGAGGAAUUAAUUUUUUUAUCUGAAAGGAACAAUACAUAUUUUGGCAAAUUGAAAAUAUUUAUACACAAAGAAGCAAGGAACAAAGAGUUUAGAUUAAACUUUUUGGAGAAGUUCACUCUGGACCAGAUCUAGUGUGUUCUUAUGAGUGUCUCAGAUUCUCCAAAUCAUCUUGCAGGCCUUGGUUUCCUUGAUGGCCUUGAUUGGUAGGUAGGCCUUUUCACAUCACUUUUAUUCACCUGAAUCAGCAAGAGCUUAUCCUCGACGGUGGUGUUCUGCUCACUUCUUGCUGACUGCAUAACUUUAGCCCAGUCAUUUAACCUUUUAGAGCUUGAGUUUCCUCAUCUAUUAGACAAUAACAUAACAAUGUGCUUUUCAACAUGGCUGAUGGGAGACGAUGACAUAGGAUAUAUGAAAAUACUUUAAAUUAUAUAAAAGAAUUUGUCGUUGUUAGAACUUCCUUAAACAGAUAUGUGAUGUAAGUUAGAAGAGACAGAAUGGCCAUUUAAGAACAAAGGGGGUUGUUGGGCAGUGGUGGUAUAUACCUUUAAUUCCAGCACUCUGGAGGCGGAGGCAGGCAGAUCUCUGUGAAUUCAAGGCCAACGUCAGCUACAGAGUGAGUUCCAGGACAGCCAGGGCUACACAGAGAAACCCUGCCUCAAACAAAAAACCAACCAAACAAUAAUAAAGGAGGUUUAUGGUCCCUCUCCAGUUGCUAGUAAGUAAAGUUCCUCUAUAAACUUUAAAGAAACAGGUACAGAAACUGGCUUCUCAGGAUUGUUCCUACUGUCUUUUUAAAGAAUAAUGUAACCAUGAUAAUGUUCAUUCAACAUACUGUUAGGGUUAACUGUGUAAGCUAUAUCCAUAAUAUAAUGUUCAUAGAUCAGGGAUUAGUAAAAUGGCUCAAUGGAUAAAAGCUCUGAUUUUAAGCUUGACAACCUGAGUUCAAUCCCUGGAAUGGUGGAAGAAAAAACAAACAAACAAACAACAACAACAAAAAAACAGCUCCCCAAGUUGUCUUCUGACUUAUAUGUAUACACACACACACACACACACACACACACAUAAACACACACAAUGACACAUGUCCACCACAUCAGACAAACUUAAUGUAACAAAAAAAUUUAAACAUAAGAAUUCUCACAAUAAUUGGCCUUUUAGAUGAGGCCUAUAAUUCCAGCCUUUUGUUGGAUCAACGAGUCUUAAGGAAUUGUUUUCAGACUGAAAGUGAAUCAAAACUUCUUCAUAAAUCUGUUUGAAACUGCAUUCAUUAAACUAACCCCCGAAGCAGAUGAUUACUUUUGCUUAUUUAAUCUCACAAAAUUAGUGUUUGGAGUAAAAGAGAUAUCAAAACAAUCAAGGCAAAAGAGUCAUUAGUUGGAAGGAUUUAAGGGGAAAAAGUGUAAAUUUCAUGUGGAAAAGGGAGGGUAGGAUAGAGUUUCCAAGAGCCUGGAAGAAAGUGAGUUGUUACUUUGAGGAUAAACCCAUUGGCUUAGAAAGCAUUUGGCUUAGAAAUGUUGGACAGUGUAGUGAUGACAACAGAAUGCAAGAGAUUAAAUUUGAGAUGUUUCUUCAAGGCCAAAUCCAAACUCCUUCAACGCCCAGCAAAGAAAUUCCUUUCUUGUUAACUCUUAAUUUUCUCUGUGCUGCUGAGUCCUGUCAUCUUGAUGUUUCAAAACAAUCAUGUACUACUAAUUGUUGUGUCCCUCCUCCUUUAUGCUUCUUUCAAAUCUUACUCCUUCCUGAUGCGGUAUCUUAAGAAACUCUGACACAGUUUCUAUUAGAGACUUAGCCAGUAUACAGAGCUUAGUUCGCAGUGAGCCAGAGUUUCAAACUGCUGUUCUUUCUCACAAUGCAAGAAUGACAAGGCAUUAGAACAUCACAUAAAAGGCUUGCAGGUACUUUCAUAUUUCUGUCUGGGCUGUUACUUGAGAGAUAUGAGGGUUAAAAAUCACUGUUCUCAUAAGCAAAAAAGAAAAAUGAAGAAGAAAAGAGAGAGAGAAAAAGGAAGGAAGGAAGGAAAGAAAGAAAAGAAAGAGAAAGAAAGAAAGAAAGAAAGAAAGAAAGAAAGAAAGAAAGAGAGAGAAAGAAAAGAAAGAAAGAAAGAAAGAAAGAAAGAAAGAAAGAAAGAAAGAAAGAAAGAAAGAAAGAAAGAAAGAAAGAAAGAGAAAGCAAAGAUUUAGAGAAAGCAGCCUUUGGCAACUGCUGACUGAUCUGGGGUAGAAGCUGCUGUAGGUUGUGAGGUUGCCCCUAGGCAUGCCUGUAGCCUCCAUUCCUAGAAGCUAACAGCUUUCUUUUCCUUCUACAAGUGGCAACCAAGUUCUGGGUUGAAAGUGAAUCCUUGCCCUUGGCUACUCUCCAGCAUUCCUCCCUGAGCGAAUGGGGAUUUGGAAUGUCAGAAAAUAGAAGAGGGGAGGGGAAAGAUGUGCGUAUGACUCUGAGUGUUUAGAGCAAAGGCAGCUUGUCUGGAAGGACUUAGGAAAGCUUUGCUUCCUCAGACUGCUGCUUCCUUCUCAUAAACUCUUGGUUCCUUCUUUGUGUUUUAGUUGUUUAACCUGAGUUUAGCACAGCAGUUCAGACCCACACAGUGCAAUAGAAUCAGGCUGAGGGAGACAGGACACUUCUGGAGGACUUGUGUGUCUUCCUUCUGGAUAAAGUGGUAGUACUUGUCCCCAGACUCAUCUGCAGCAAGAUCCAGAACCGUCAUUCCUCUGGGAUUUAAUCUGGAGUCAUCGGGAGCCCAGAUUCGGGUUUUAUUCUCAAGCCAGCCUGAGUAAGAAGUGACCUUUGGACAGAAUCAAGGAUUCAGCCUAGGCAUGAAAGGUGAUGUUUGACACAUGCCUUCUACUGUUCAUGCUUGUGAUUGAAGCUGCCCUGGAAUAUUGAUGGGAUACAACUCUCACACUUUGUAACUGUGGACUGCUUCAGAGCUCAAGACUGUAAUCUGCAAGGCGGCUUUUAUCCUUUAUUUAGUUCUCUCCAAAGUCAUCUUGUACCAGCGCAAAAGGAGAAAUUCUGUAAGACUAAUCUACCGGGACAGUUCCCAGUUCUGUGUGAAGAAUCCAGAAGUUGAGUGUCUGUCUAAAUCCCUGGGAACCAUGUCCUCUUUAUAUACACGAAGUAAGGAGUUCACACGGAAUAGGAAAUCACAGUCUGAUUCUCCCCCAGCAUCUCCCUCUCCAACUGCCAAGACACUCCGACAUGAAAGACUUUCUAGGUUGGAGUCAGGAGGCAGUAACCCAGCAAGCAGUGAUUCUUACAGUGACCGCGCCUCAGCAAGAGCCCGUCGGGAGGCCAGGGAGGCUCGUCUAGCCAGCCUGACCAGCAGGGUAGAAGAGGACAGCAACAAGGAUUAUAAAAAACUCUACGAGAGUGCCCUUACUGAAAACCAAAAACUGAAGACAAAACUUCAGGAGGCCCAACUAGAACUUGCUGAUAUAAAAUCCAAGCUUGAGAAAAUGGCCCAGCAGAAACAAGAGAAGACCUCUGACCGGUCCUCGGUGCUGGAGAUGGAGAAACGGGAGAGACGAGCCUUGGAGCGGAAAAUGUCAGAAAUGGAAGAAGAGAUGAAGGUGUUAACAGAACUGAAAUCUGACAAUCAGAGGCUGAAAGAUGAAAAUGGUGCCCUCAUCAGAGUCAUCAGCAAACUGUCCAAAUAGAUGAGGUCAGAUGUGGGAGGAGGGGCGAGCAUUUGCUGCCCACCCUUCGUUUCCAGCUAUGGUCUUCCUGCCAAAAGAAGCAAGUGUCUUGGAAGAAGGGCAUCUCCCCCUGAACCUCAUCAGUCACCUCCUCUGCACUGUACAUUUUCUCUGCACUCUCAAUGCCCAGUUUCCCCUGCACCUCUAUCCCAAGUUUUACAACAGUUUUUCCUGAAGCAUGAUUGUGACCAUUUCAAGCAAUCUGGAGAAAGCCUUGUGGGGUACACCAAGCUCAGCUGUGGACCCCCAACUUUUGCUGCUUUGUCCACAUUGGUUUCGGUCCAGAUAUGUAAGGCUUUGAUUCAUAGCCUUUACACUGACCCACUGUCCUUUAAUAUAGGAGAGUCUUGUGGUGGCCACUCCAGGAUCCCAUCUGGGGUGCCAAGAGAAAGGGCAGAAUGUAGAGUUGCUCUUUGGACCUGCCUCUGGAGCAGACUGGUUUGUGUUAUGCACCUCUCAGGAACUGACUUGUUUUUACUUUUCUAUCAAUAACCUAGGAACAUCCCUGACUAGUCUUAACCUUAUUUCUCCCCUUCUAUAAGAUUUAGAUUGCCCUGGACUCUCUUGCUCCUUUUCUUUCUGUCCUUUUAUGAUUUCUCCUCCAGGCCUGAUGGCAUAAAAGCUGAAACAGAGCUCCUGACCUCAGUUGGGGUGUUUUGAAAAAUCAUCGCUCUGUUGCCUUGGUGCCAUGACCUCUCUCCCUGCAAAGCAAGACGAUGGCUUAAGGGUCAGCCUAUUGUUCACAUCUCCAACUUGUCUGCUUACAAAGUGGUUUUUCUGGAUUCUUCAAGUAGUAUAUAGUAGUACACACCUAUAAUCCCAGCACUUGAGUUGAGGCAGGAGGAUCAGGAGUUUGAGGCCAGCUACAUAGCAAGAAAAAGGGAAGUCUGGGUAUUGAAUAUUCCAGUUGUCCUUGCUUUAUUUUCUUUUCCACACAGGCACCUGCUCCUAAUGAGCAAGAAGGCCUGAGGGAGAGUGGGUGGAAGCUAGACUAGAGAAUGGAAGCAGGCUAGAGAGACAUGAGGAGAACAACUGAGGGCAAUUGGAACACUGUGUUUAUACUGUGAGGAUGGUAGUAACUUGCUUCCUAGUAGUCACAUUCAGGGUCUGAGAGACAUUCCCCUUUUUGGAAGCCAACAAGAGAAAUGACUGCUAGGUAGAGAUUGAGGAAGGUGACUCUUUAAGAGUGGCAAGGCCCACAGAUCAUGUGACCCAGCCCCCUUGUGUUGCAGGGGUCCUUCCCUGUUGCCACAGCUCUGACCUAUGGUCAGCUUCUGAUAGCUAUGCAUUAUUACUUGAGGCUUGGGCCCCUCUGAUAAGCAGUUUUUACUAAGAGAAGCUGGGAUCUGCUGCUUCCUGCCAAGACGGCAUGUUAGAUACAGGUGGAUGGUGGUCUCUCAUUCCCUCAUCCUUUCAUCCCUCCUCAGAUGUCAUGAUUUUGAUGCCUCUCACACCUUGACUACCAUCCUCUAGAGUCUAGACGAAACAUCCCUUUAGAUUAUCAUGCCUCGGCCUAUACAGAGUACUCACUAAUUUCAGCUCUUUAGUUCCUAUCUGAUCCAGUGCUGCUGGGUAUAAUGCGGUUUGGGGGGCAUUUUGUCCUUUGGUUCACAUUAAAGGACAGGUCCUUUAAUGCCUCAUUAUUUGGGGAUUGCCAUUGAUGUGGACCAUUCUAACACUACCUCUGUUAGUUUCUUUCAUAAGGACACCACUGUCCUUUUUGGUGGCCCUUGCAGACUUUGUGUGCUCUUAAACAGAAAUUAUAAUUCAGGGUCCCAGUUACAGAAUGGAAACCAUGUCCAUUCUGACACACUUUCAGCACAUACAAUAUUCUCUUUUCCAUUUCAACCCACUCUUCCAAGGAGUCUGGGUUGGGCUGCUCUAUUAUCGUGAAGCACUGAGCCCAGGUCUUAGGAAGUCUGAACCACAGUAAGAAGGGCCUGUUUUCUGCUAUAGGAAGUGUUCCCUUCUUGCUGGGAGACAUCAAUAGGGUGUCAGCCAACUGAUUCUUCUAGCUUGGCUUGGAUAUUGGGAAAGAGGAGAUUACUGCCUCAUUCUUAGAAAAAGCAAAUGGGAUUUUAGGAAGACAGUUUGAGGCUCCUCCAUUCAUAGUCUAGGUAAAGGUGUUGCCGAAUGCUAUGCCUUUGGGGCAAGUUCUCAAAACUCACAAACUGGCAUUACACCAGCUGCUGUAUGUGGCCUUCCAUGUUAAAAUGCCAUCUCUUGUUGGGAAGGUUACCUUGUGACAAGUUAUUUACAAGCUUCUCAGUCUCUGUAGUACUGGAACUUGUGGCUGAGAACCCAUCAGAGUACAAAGGACCCCGGGUCAUUCCAAGCACUUCCUUGUGGGCCACUAAUUUUAUUAGACAGAAACACUGAAUUUGGUCUCUUCCAGAAUUCUUCAAAAUCACAUCUACUGAAAGCCCCCAUGAAAGACAUAAGCCUUCUGAUAGCCAGCUGUCUGGGUGCUGUCUCCUUUUCCUGCAUUGCCUGGUUAAUUAUAUACCGUGGGUCUCUCCAGUGGCCACCAGCCUCACCUGCUAGCUUCCUUGUGAGUGAUCUUGCAGCCCCACUGCAGGCAGAUAGCCAUGCAAGACCCACACCAGUCUUCAUGGGAAACUAAGAUGGGAAUGAGAGUGUUCUCAUUCAAUUGACAGCUUUCAAUAGGCAAGCUACCUUUGGGAGUAAUGACUGGCCAUUCCAGAGCGUCUCUGGCUGGAGUUUGCCUGUUUGCUUCUCAGGGUCUUCUGAGCCUUUCCAGACAGUUCCUGGAGGUGCUGACUUCCAGCUCUAUCCCAGUCUCUAAGGGAAAGAUUGUGUACACUUAAGGGUGUUGCCUCAAAAGAAGCUGAAAAACAGAUCUGUCUUGGGUCCACUCAGUACACUGAAUUCUUAACUAACCUGUUCUCAUUUCCUAGAACCUCCUUGUGUCUACCCAACACUGGGACAUGUUCUCACCCUCACUCCCCCAACCCCUCACUUCUGCCCCAGGCCUCAGACCCCUAGAUGCAGGUAUGGUUCUAUGGGAUUUCUGGUGGCUUCCACUCAGGCAGUACAGGAACAGAGUCUGUAUACAGGUUCAUAUACAAAAGAGUAUAUGAACCAGAGAUGAAGGAACUCUCCAAGCCAUGCCCUUAGCUGGGACUCUGGUUUCUGACCCCCUUGCAGCCUUUCCUAGCAGAGACAGCUGUUUCCUCCCAGUGUCAACAUAACGUUAGGAGUAUGUUGUUAGGAGGUGGGCCACCAUGCCACCACCUGUUAGGGGGUGGGUCUUGGGGAGAGUUUUCAGCCUUUUGUGCACCUUGAAAGAGAAGCCUCAUUGGGCAUAUAGGCCAGCAGGGCAGUUAGUGACUGCCUUCACCCAGCAGGUGAGCCACAGCUUCCAUUGCAGCCUCACACUGACACUGUGCUGCAGGAGCCAAGCUGUCUUCCCUCAGGACCACUAGGCUCUAGUCCAUUGCUUACAAGCCUUUUCCGAGGUCGGCCCUGUCCAGAUCCAUGUCCAGUUAUAGCUACAUCUCAAUCUCCAUUCUCUUCUGAAGGUAGGUUCAAACUCUCAAACAACACAGGUUCCCUUGACCCAGGAAGUGAGGCAGCUAUGAGGGUGCACACAGUUAAGCCACAGGGAGUCAGGGCCAAAUUACUUAACCUUGGGCAAGAUGAUCUUUAAAAUCCCCUUGGCUUAACAUUCUGUGAUUUACUUAUUUUCAGAAAGAUGAGGACAUUUUUGACGCUUAGACUUCUGCUUCAAAAGUUGCUUAACUUCAAAUUAUCAAGAUCAGUCUUGCUUUCUUCCCAAAUUCAAGCUGUUUAAGAUCAGCAUCUCAAGGCUGAUCUCUCCCCCAUGUUAGAAAGUGAGUUUGACAUUGAGAGCUGUUGAAUAUUGUUGUGAUUGCUUUCCCUCCCGGUGGCUAGGUAAAAAUAUUACCAACCUGGAGAGGUGGAUAUUGGAGCUGGUAGGGCAUGGAUAGAGCAGGGUGUUGCAGGCAGCCAUUAGACACAGUGUGUCACUAGGAAAGCAACUGCUGCAUGUAGGUUUGCUCAGCCAUCUCACCCACAUGUGGCCAGUGCUGCUUCUCAGCACCCAAGCAGCAGGCUUACUACCCGUCUGCUGGCACCAGCUGGUUCCCAGUCUUGAACUCUGCCUUGAACAGCAAGAGAGUACUCUGCAGCGAAGCUCAUAGUUCAGUGGUUACUGCGGCUGAGCUCGGCCUCUGACACUGCUGCUGUUCAAUGUGCUCUUUCACAGCAGAAGCCAUGAAAGCAGGAGGUGUUUCAGACCCCAUGACCACAUAGACCACAGAGCAUAGAAUGGUGCCCAGCUCUGGCUGGACUCCUACAGUCAGGGCUUGGAUGUGAGGAAAGGGCCAAACCCUGGAAGUGGGUACCUGCAUGCUGUAGUGAGUGAAAGAUAGGAGUUCUGUGAAUGUGGAGCAGGAUGGAGAUCGCAAGCACUGGGAGGAAGGAAGCCAGGCUUCUGCACCUGGAAAUGUGUUUUUUCAUUAAGUUCAUCCCUUGGCUCCAGCUGAGCUAGAUUUUAAUCAGCUUCCCUAAUGGGUAUUGACACUGCUCGGAGCAGUCAACUCUGUCGGGGACAACUAUUGAUUGCUUGUGUUCUGAUUAGAUUGGAAAAAUAGAUCAACUUCAUUAUAGCCCAGGAACUGUCAUUGUCACAGCUACAGAGAAAUGAAGUGGUCUCUGAGGGCUGAGGAAAAACAGUUGGGCUCCCGAACCAGAAGUAGCUGAAACUUGUACCCAUGUCUCCUUGAGAGCUGUGGUUAAGUGUCACAGUUGCCCUGGAGUAUGCCUUGCAACCCAGAGCCUGGAUGGCCACUGUGGUGAGAUGGUAGAGGAGCCCAUGGCACUGAUGCAUGUUCUGACCUUACCUCAGCAGACAUGACAGUGUGAGAGUCUCUUCAAGCCUGGGAACACACAUACACACACCAGGCUGGAGCUUUCAAAAAGAGUCUGGCAUUUUGAUUAGAAAUGAGAACGCAGAAACCAGUUUUAUCCAAGUGGAGCUCUGUCUUUUUUGCUCUUCCUACACCCUUCCAGUUUCCCAAAGGACUUCUCACUCCCACUCAUUUGCUUAUCUUCCAGAUUGGGAAUCUGCCAGAACGACAUUUUGUUAUUUCACCUCUAAAUUUUCCCCUAAUGCUUCCAAUAAAAUUUUACUUGGGUGGCCCCUUAAGGUGUCAUCAAGAUGCUAGCUUGGGCCCUUCCAAAAUAAGCACACCCUCCCCCUUCCUUCCCUCUCAUCUCCCUCCAUACUCCUUAGGUGCCUGAGGGAAGAAGUUUUCCAUUAAUCAGCCAAGAGUCCUGUAGGAUUUUCAAACCCAACAGCAACUCAUCCCUCCCAACCUGCCCACCACCCAUAGCCAGUCCCUACCCACUUUUAAAGCUCCCUGGCUGUGCUAUCGGCCCUCAGAGAGCAGGUCUGGCUUAUAGGUCUAGAUGCUUCCUCUGUUGCAGGGCCCUGUCUGGCUCAUUCCAUCUUUUCUGAGGGCUGUGACUGAGGCCUAAGGCAGAAGUGUUUCCUCAGCACUGGCUGAACUAGUUUGUUUAGCUAGGGUCAGCCAAGCAGGAGAGAAGAUCCAGGAAAAGCUUGACUGUGAAGAUCAUAAGGGCCACUGAGGUACUCUUGAGCCCAGAACUGGGGAUCCUAAUAUGGAUCCUAAACAAGGGACACUCAGGCAGGAGCAGCUUGAUUGUCUCCAGAGCACAAGUGUCUGCUGUUCUCGGCCCUGCUCUCCUGAAACCUCAAGCAGAUCUCAGCUUAUCCUUGGCUGGGGAGACUAGGUGGAAGUGAUUGUAGGCACCAGAAGGCAGGCACAGGAAAAAGGAUUCUGAGAGGAUGCACCUCCAACGUGCGCUCCUUUUUAGUCAGCAUCCCUUGAGCCCUUGGCAGCUCGGGCCUCCUCCCAGCUGGUACCUUAAGGCAGAGCCAUGAUUUCCCUGAAGAGGGGAGUGAACUUUUUCCCUCCUUCGCUGGGGGAUGUGGCCAACUCCCAGUCAGUGGUUAAGAGCCCGGCUUUGGCUUCAUGGCUUUCUUCUAGUCAUGUGUCCUCUGCUCCAGUCUUGAUCACUACUUCAGUGCUAGCAUUUUAUAUUUCCUCUCUCCACCCUUCACCCACACUUAAUGCACCGAAUGGAACUGUUUUCCAGCUGAGUUGUGUGGAUUCACUUCAGUCAACUGUAAGUACACCUGGAGGAGGCUCCUGACGGAGGGGAAGCCAGCCUGGCUUUGUGAACUGAAUGUAUUUUUAUGCAAUUUUGAGUGGCCUUUCAACCCUGAGAUGGAUUUGUUUUACUGGUUGUUGUUAUAGAAUAUUAAGUAUUCUGUGUUUUGAAAGUUUGGGAAUAAUAUUCACAUCUAUAUGAUGCCUGUAAACACAACAGUAUUUAUAAACGAGGAAAUAAAAUUGUGUUUUAACUUUG